AUGCCAAAAAAUAAUUUAUACUCAUCAAUUCAAGAACAAAUUGAACUUGAUGAUAAAUUAUUUCCAGUAUUCAGUUUUUUUGAUCAAUCAGAAUAUUCAAUACAAGAUCUAUCGAAACAAACGUCCAAUUUAUUUUGGUUUCAACUUAUUAAUAAUAUUAUUUUACAAUUACCACAAAAUCAAUUAGCUAAAAAUGAAAUGAUCGAUUUAUGUCGUCAAUAUUAUCAAGACUUCAAAAUGAUUGAUGAAUUUGAACAUGAAUACCGUUCCGAGAAUGUUAUUCAAUGGUAUUUAAAAGGAUCAUUCCCUUAUAAAAUGAUAAAAAAAGCAUUGCAAACAAAAGAUAUGGAACAAUUGAAUAUAUUGAGAUAUUUCAUGAAUGAUCUUAUACAAAGUUUUACACGACAACAUCAAAAUAGGAUUCAAUAUGAAAAAGAAAAUCUCAUUAUUUAUCGAGGUAUCAAAUUAUCAAAUGAACAACUUAAUGAAUUUAGAAAAAAUAAAGGAAAACUUCUUUUAAUCCAUGGAUUUUUGACAGCAACUCGGUUUCGUUUAAAUGAAUUAAAUUUUGCUAGAAAAUCAAUAAAACCAACGGAUCUUGUUACUGCUGUGUUAGAAAUCGAGUGUAACCCACAAGAUUUUAACAAAUAUGUUAUCUCCACAGACAUAGAUAAAUAUAAUGAAUUUUUCUUUGAUUUAAGUGUUACAUUUCAUUUACACAAUAUUGAAUUUCAUGAAAAUGUUUGGAUUAUUAAAAUGAGUAUUUCCAAUGAAGGAAAAAUUAUUCUAGAGAAAUAUAUUGAAGAUACACGUCAUCAAACUGAAAAUCUAAGUAUUGAAAUUAUAUUCGGACGUCUCAUGUUAGAUAUGGGUCUAUGGGAUCAAUCACAAAAAUAUUUUGAACGUUUGUUAAUCGAUUCGAAUGAUAUAGAUGAAGCAUGGAUAGAACAUAGUCUUGGUGAAAUUCAUCGUUUGAAAAACGAAUGGAUUAUAGCACGUAAAUACUACGAUUGUGCUUAUGAUCGAAUGAUGGAUCCGAAACAAAUGCGUAUCAAAGAUUCAGCUCAAAUACUUUCCGACAUAGGAGAGAUUCUCUUUGCAGAAGCAAAGUUCGAAGAAGCCAUGGAUUUUCAUCAACGAGCAUUAACAAUUCGAAAAGAAUAUUAUUCUCCUGAUCAUGUACAUAUCGCAACUAGUCUGCGUAACAUUGGUGAGAUUUUUCAUAGACAAGACAAAUAUGAUGAAGCAUUUGUAUAUUUUCAAGAGGCACUUGCAAUUUCGGAGAAAUAUUAUAAUUAUUCCCAUAUUGAUAUUGCUAAGUGUUUGGUCUGUAUUGGAGUGUAUUUUCGUGAGCAAAAUAAUUACGAUAAAGCUCUCGAUUUUCAUCGACGAUCGAUAUCAAUCUACGAAAAAUACUAUCCUUGUGGUCAUGUAUGUGUCAUAUUGACACUCAAUACUAUUGCAGAUCUUCUUUAUCGACAAGAGAAAUAUGAUGAAGCUAUUGAUAUUCAUCAUCGAGCACUAACUAUGCAAAAGAAAUGUCAUCCAUUUGAUCGCAUUAAUCUCUCUCAUAAUUUGUGUACUAUUGGUAAUAUUAACUGUGGACAAGAAAAUUAUAAUUCUGCUUUAGAAUUCUAUCAACAAGCAUUAACAAUACAACAACAAUAUUAUACUUCUGGUCAUGUGGAUAUGAUAUGUCUUUUGAAUAAUAUUGGUACUGCUUUUAAUAGAUUAGGAAAGUUUGAUGAUGCAUUGAACUUUCAUCAUCAAGCACUUGCUAUGCAAGAGAAAUAUUAUCCAUCUUUUCAAGCUAGUAUUGCAUUAACAUUCAAUCGCAUCGGAGACGUUCUAAAUAGUCAAGCAAAAUACGAAGAAGCAUUAUACCAUUAUAAGCAAGCAUUGAUGAUGCAAAAGAGUUACUAUUCAUUGGGUCAUGCGAAUAUAGCUUCUACACUUCAAAACAUAGGUGAUGUUUUAUCCCAACAAGAAAAAUUUGAUGAAGCUCUGGAUUUCUAUCAGCAAGCAUUUGCAAUGCUCGAAAAAUGUUGUCCAUAUUCUCGUGAUCACAUCGCUUAUAGUUUGAUUCUUAUUGAUAAUAUUCUAAAUAAUCAAGAAAAGUUCGAUGAAGCCAUAGACCACUAUCAGAAAGCAUUGGAUAAUCAAAAGAAUUACUAUCACUCUGAUCAUUUCAAUAUUGCUGAUGCAUUUAACAACAUCGGUAAUGUACUUCGUCGUCAGGAGAAGUUUGAUGAAGCGAUGAAAUUUCAUAAAAAAGCAUUAGAAAUUCAAGAGAAAAAUUAUCCUUCAGGACAUAUUAACAUUGCUACAACGUUCAAUCAUAUCGGUUACGUACUGCAGGAUGAAAGGAAGUAUGAUGAGGCGUAUGAAUUUUUUCAACAAGCCCAUUCAUUACUUGUAAAAUUUGGAAACAGCUAUCCAUUGGAUCAAUUAUAUAUUGCUAAUAGUUUAAGCAAUAUUGGUAAUAUUCUAUAUUUACAAAAUAAGAAUCAAGAAGCUCUAGAAUAUCAACAACGUGCAUUAUCGAUCAAAGAAAAAUGUUUGCCAUCUGAUCAUAUCGAAAUUGCUACUAGUUACAUACAGAUUAGUCGUUUGUUACGUAGUCAAGGUAAAUAUGCUGAUGCAUAUGAGUUUCAACAACAAGCUCUAGCAAUUCAAGAAAAAUUCUAUCCAUCAAAUCAUCUAAAUAUAGCUGAUAGGUUUAAUGAAAUCGCAAAUAUUUUCUUCGAUCAAGAAAGAUACGACGAAGCCAUUAGUUUUUAUCAACGAGUAUUAGAAAUAAGAGAGACAUUCUAUUCUUCUGAUCAUGAUGCUAUUGCUACUAUGCUCAGUAACAUUGGCGAUACACUUCAAAAACAACGAAAAUAUGAUGAUGCACUCAAUUUUCAAAAGCAAGCACUCACAAUACGAGAAAUCAAUUGUCGUCCAUCAAACCGUCUACAUAUUGCUAGAAUAAUUAACAAUAUUGGUAUUAUUCUUGGAGAACAAGAAAAGUACAAUGAAUCUUUUGAUUACUAUCAACAAGCACUACUAAUCUGUGAAGAACUUAAUUCAUCUAAUUAUAACAAUACGAUUACUUGUCUUAUUAAUAUUGCUAAUUUACUUAGCGAUCAAAACAAAUAUGAUGAAGCACUCAUCUAUCAACAACGAGCAUUAGCAAUUCGAGAAGAACAUCAUUCAUCAGAUUAUGAACAAAUUGCAAAUGAUCUUACAAGUAUCGGGCAUUUUCGAGCACAUCUAAAAGAGUAUGAUAAAGCUCUCGAAGUCUAUCAACGAGUACUCUCCAUCAGAGAACAAUACUGUCCAUCUGAUCAAGUAGACAUUGCUAAUAGUCUACAACAUAUUAGUUAUGUUUUAGAGCAGCAAACAAAGUACGAUGAAGCCAUCGAAAUGAAGCAAAAAGCACUAAAAAUCUAUGAGAAAUUGUAUCCAAAUGAUCAUGGUAGUACAGGCUCGUGUCUUAAUUCAAUUGGAAGUAUUUUAUGCCAUCAAGAACAGUACGAUAAAGCGUUUGAAUUUCAAAAGCAAGCACUAGCAAUCAGAAAGAAAUGUAAUCCAUGUAGUCAUGCGGAUAUUGGAAGAACUCUCGGUGAUAUGGGUAGCACAAUGUAUCUACAAGCUAGAUAUAAUGAAGCUUUUGACUUCUAUGAAAAAGCAAUAGUACACUAUGAAAAAGAUUAUCCUUCUCGCUUUGGGGACAUGGCUACUACAUUGGGUAAUAUUAGUUUAAUUUUCAAAAUGCGAAGAAAUUACGACAAAGCUCUAGAUAUGCAACAUCGAGCAUUAAACAUUCGGAAGGAAAACAGUCCAUUUGAUCACUUCAUUAUUGCUAAAAAUCUUCACGAAAUAGGUGACAUACACUAUCAGCAAGAAAACUAUGACAAUGCUCUUGAUUUUUAUCAACAAGCACUAUCUAUAUUCGAAGAACAUUGUCCAAUGGAUCAUAUUGAAAUAGCUAAAUGUCUACAAUCAAUGGCAGUUAUUUGGAAUGCAAAGUCUAAUUUUGAUCGUGCUAUUGAAUAUUUUCAAAGAUGUCUAUGCAUUAGAGAAACAAGUUUACCUAUAAAUAAUCCUAUGAUUACUGAUACUCUAAUGUUUUUGGGUCAAAUACAAAGAAAUGGAAAUUAUCAUGAACUCUCUUUGACAUAUGAUAUCAAUUGCUGCUUGAUCCGUAUGAAAUUUCUGCCAGGCGAUCAAAUAGGAAUUGGUGAAAGUUGUGUUCGCAUUGGUGAGACUUAUGAACAUCUCAAUCAACCUAAAUUGGCGCUUGUUUAUUACAAACAAGCAUUAGCUGCCUAUGAGAAUUGUUUACCCGACGGGCAUGGAUAUCGAUUGAAUACGGAAUUCAAUAUAGAGCGACUCUCACAAGAAACAACGAUAUAA